AUGGCUUCCGAGGAGCCGCCGUCUAUACGACGCACCCCGCUGCCUACCAUCACAAGGCUCAUAUCAGCUCCUCCUGUAGUUGAUGCGUUGGCAACAGCACCCGUGGUCAAGAUGGACUCAGCAAACAAGGGCGUGUCAGCGCCACAAGCUGAUGCACAGACUGCUGGCAGUGGCCAUACGGCAAAUGAAGAUCUGCCCGCCGCCACUGGACAUGACGAGAAUCCGGAGGUAGCUGCCCCGAGUACGGUGAAAGUCGAGCCAGAUUCUGGAGCAUCCGUGCGCCAGAAUGUUCCUUCUAAUCCCCCUGAUGGAACCUCUGCCGCGCAUGGAGACAGUCCACUCGAGAAAAAGGAUGCUACUGCGACUCACAAGCAGCCCGACGCCAUCACCCUAGACAACAUCCAAAAGCUGGUACAUGAGACGGACCUCACCAAGCUCGAAGCUGGUGUCAAUGAAGCACUGGCAAUUCUUGACACCUUACAAGCUCCUCUGAGCGACUCCAAGCAGACCAAACAGCGGGAAUGGCUCUCAAACAUCAAGGACCUCAGACAGCAAUUAAAGAAUAACCGCACGGUUGUAGCAGUCGUGGGCGAGACUGGUGCAGGCAAGACAUCACUAAUUAAUGCCGUCUUGGACGAGGACAAGCUGUUGGUCACUUCAGGAUGGCGAGCAUGCACUGCUGUCAUUUGUGAGAUCUCUUACAAUGAAACGGAUGAUCCUCAGAAGGCCUACCGUGCGGAGGUCGAGUUCAUCUCCAAGGAGGCCUGGGACCACGACCUGGUGCAUAUCUUUGGUGACUUGUUGGAGGAUGACCACUUAUCCUCGGCGACAUUCGACAGCAAGACCGAGGCCGGCAUUUCCUUAGCCAAGAGUAAGCCAUUUCUACGCACAAAUUUAAGCUCGGUGGCAGGACUAACCUCACUCUUAGUCAAGGCCGUUUACCCCGAUCUCACGGACAGCACGAUCAAGCAGCACACAGCGGAGUCUUUGGCAAGAAGAGAACGUGUUGCGGAGGUGUUGGGUACGACACGCCGGAUCGAUUGCAGCAGUGCUAGCGAACUCUGUUCGGCUGUGCAGAAGUACAUGGACAGCAAGGAAAAGAGCACAAAGUUGGGUCAAAAAGAGGCACAAAUGGCCUUUUGGCCUCUCAUCAAAGUGAUCCGUAUUUUCUGCCGGGCUGAGGUGUUGUCUACUGGCCUUGUGAUCGUGGAUCUCCCAGGUGUUGCCGACUCAAACCCUGCGAGGUCUGCUAUAGCAACCAAGUACAUGACAGAAUGCUCUGCCGUAUGGGUGGCAGCUCCCAUCAAGCGAGCCACCGACAACAAGGUUGCGAAAGAGCUGAUGGGGAAAUCCUCUCGGCUUCAAAUGAAACUCGAUGGCAUCUUAUCUAAUGUCACUUUUAUCUGCACUAUGACUGAUGCGAUCGAUUUCACGGAAGCACUUGAGGCUUUUGAUUAUGACGGUCAAAUCCAGGCCACGUAUUCAAGGGAGGAUCAAGCCCAGAAAAUGAUCGAAGAAAAAGGAGAUGCCCUGAGGCGCUUGACUGCUCAGAUGCGGGAUGCCGAUUUUAGCCUCAAUUCGCUUGACGAAGAGCUGCAGGUGUGGCAAGACAUUCGCAAGAAGCAUCAGAAAGGCCACGAGGUCUUUCCUCCUCACGUCCCUUCGAAGCGAAAGCGGCCUACAGGAUCGCGGAGGCCCCGAACUGCCUGUCGCAAAGUCGUAGAUGGCGGACUAGGCGAGGAAGAAGUACCGGAGGUUCUUCCGCUCACAGAACACGACAUAUCGACCAAGCUCGAUCAUCUGCAUAAUGAAAUCAGCCCAGCAGAAAAUGAUUACGCAGAAAUGGAACGGCAGCAGGAAGUACUGGAACAAGAGCUCGUCAACCUGGAGCAGGAGAAGAACGAUGCGGCCAUAGACGGUGCGCGACUAUGCAUCCAAAGACGGAACAAGAUUGUCAAGAAUUCUAUCAGAGAUGACUUUGCCUCAGGCAUUCGCGAACUCGAUGAAGAUGAGCCCGAGGGUGAGGAGGGAACUUUCGACCCAACUACUGCUCAGUCGCGUGAUUAUCGUCAAGUCGCCCAGUCGCUGCCCGUCUUCACUAUCUCUGCCAAGGCGUAUCAGCGAAUGUGCCGGCCAAAGAAACGAGAGACCCAGAUCGAUGGUUUCAAGAUACUUUUCGAUACCGAAAUCCCUCAGCUGGUAGAGCAUGCAAUGAAACUGCCAGAAAAAGGUCGAAUCAUAGCUCUGAGGAACUGGCUCAACGAGGUCCGCCGACUUUUGGUGUCUCUCAUCAUCUGGUGCACGGCAGGUGAUGUCAAUCUUGGAGCUAUUCAUAUGAGUGCCCACGAACAGACCUGGGAAAUGCAAUUUCUCCAAAACGAAAUAUUGAACCUCCGGAAAAAGCUCGAUAGGAUCAUCAUGGCUCAGAAGAAAGAGAUUGACGACAUUGUGCAGAAGGAGGUCGAAUCCAAGUCCAGCGCUGCUAUCAAGUCCGCGACCAACGUGAUCGGGAGCCUUGUUGGGAAAUGGAGUGUGAAGGAGGAACAAGGGGGGCGGGGGAUCCAAGCGAACACGUAUCGUGCUACUUGCCGCCGGAACGGAAAGAGGACCAAAGCACAGAAAUCUUUCGACUUCAACGAAGCAAUUCUGGAGCCUUACUUGCAGAAGAUUGCGAACGGCUGGGAACAAGCAUUCUCGCGCUCCAUCCCUUGGACCCUUGACAAUUUUGCUGCCACAUUAAUCGAUGCAUUGAAAGAGUUCCACGGCGUGAUGUCGUCUCGUCGCGAGCUCGAGAAAUGCAGGACGCUGUGCGUGCGCAUUUUGAGCCAGCAGUUGGACGUUCAUUCAAAGAGCAUCGAGGCGACGAUACAGUCGAUGAAGGAUGACAUCCAGAGCGAGCAGCGCCAGGCCAAUAAAGCUUUCACACCAGAGAUCCAGGCGGAGAUGUUAGAGGUCUACAGGCUUUGCAGGCAAGAGAAAGGUCCGGGUUGCUUCCAGCGAAUCAAGGACAUCAUGCAGAGGAAUGUUGCCAAGAACAAAAACGCAAUAUAUCGGAGGGCGAGCAAACGGGUUUUGAAAGAAGUGAACAAGAUCUUCGAGUCCAACGGCAAGGAGAUGAUGGAUUCGGUUGCUACCAUCGUUGAAAGGCUUCAGAAGGACUUUGAGAUGCUUCUGAGCAACUCGACGAUGAUCGAGGCCUCCGAAGUUGCGCGGGACCACAUCCGGGAUGUCCUGCAGGGAGUCGAUACUCGAUUCGGAUCGAUCUUGUCUGGGGAGCCAAUGGAGGUUGACUCGGCUCAGCCUCCGGCAUGCGAGCCUCAGCAGCUCCCCAACGGGGGUAUGACUGAUGUUGAGCCUGCCUCCGGUGGCGCCACCGAGGCUGCCCCGAGUGGGGAGGACGUUGCUUUGGACACUGCGCUGUGA